AUGGCGCUGUCGGGAUCCCGAGCAUGGAGCGUAGGGUCGCGAAUGUCUAGCUAUCAACUCGCUAGUUUGGUCACAAAGUUAAAUAUAUCGCCGGUGAAACGAAUAGAAUUUUCUUUUGAUCCAUUUGGAACGAAUGUUAGAUCAUGCAGAGAUGCACUGUUCCAUCUGUACAGCAACAACGUGAGAGUUACCAAUGUUAACUGCAUCCUGAAAGUGAAUGUGAAAUCGGACAGGUCCGAUCCCAAUAUGAAUGUCAUAUUUAAUGAUGGACUAAAGGUGCUAUUCAAGACGAAUAAUUUGACCACACUGGAAUUACUGAGGACAUUUGAUAACAUGUGUAGAGAGAGAAUAAUAGAAACAGAUAAAGAUGAAGCUGCUCCAAAGGAAGAGGCACCCAAAAGCAAGUCCAAGAAAAAGAAACGAUGAUGGUGUAAAGUCACUGAUGGACUUCAAUUCUCUUUAAGACGUGAUUGACAGAAAUCAGCCCGUGACUUAGCAUAAAAUCAAUUAAGAUUUCAGGCCCCAGUUUCACAAAAAAACUCAGUUGGUGAUAAUUUGUUAAACUGAUUGCAUUCAGCAAGAGUCUCCUUUGAGUUGGAUUGAUAUAUGUAAGACAUAAGUUUAAUUGGGAAUGAGAUCUAAUGAUUUCUGAUGGUUUCCACGCUAUUAGACAGUAGAAAAUAUUACAUUUUGUUGUCAUAUGUUAUGCAUUUUUUCCAGAAGUCUGGAAUGUUAAUACUGAUCCAUGCCAUAUGCCAAGAAAAUUCUCUAAUUUAUUUGUUCAGUUACAAGCCAUUGUUUGUUAUUUUUAUUCUAAUAAUUUGGACCAGUAUUUCCUUAGGCUGUAUUCCCAGAGCUUUUAGAUCGAU